CCGCUUGCCUUCAUUCAUUCAAGCGGGCCGCCUUCUCACAUUCUCCACCCCUUCUGCAGAUUGCCGGGCACGUGGUCCACAGGCAGCGCGCUCGCUGGACGGCGCAAUUUUGCCAGCAACAAGGGAAACGAGGCGCGCUGGCUCCAUCCGUGUGUCCCAGCUUUGCGCCCCCGCCGCACUCUCCUUGUGCGUUCCUGUGUCCCCCGCACUCUCCAACCGGGAGCAGCAACAACAGCACCACCUUCUACCCCUCCCCUGCCUGCCGCGCCUAGUGAGGAAGUGAUUCCCCACAACCACCAGCCUCCCCCGAUUUCUCCCGGAAAGUCGGACUGGCGCGCUCCUCUGGCUCUCCCCCCGGCGGCUCAUCUGAGCAAUCGAAGCGGCAGAGCUGCGAGCUCAGUCGUCUCCUCCCUGCCGCGCCACCAGCGCUUGGUCUCGCUGCAGGGGCUGCCGCCCGGGACUGACGCUCGGACGCCGCCGCCGCCGCCAGCGGAAAGCGCUCAGCUGGGAUGGCCGCGAGCGCAGCGCGGGGCUGAAGCCGGAGCGGCCCCGCCAUGGCCAAGCAGUACGACGUGCUCUUUCGCCUGCUGCUCAUCGGGGACUCGGGCGUGGGCAAGACCUGCCUGCUGUGCCGCUUCACCGACAACGAGUUCCACCCUUCGCACAUCUCCACAAUCGGAGUUGAUUUUAAAAUGAAGACCAUAGAAGUAGAUGGAAUUAAGGUCAGAAUACAGAUCUGGGACACUGCAGGCCAGGAGCGAUACCAGACCAUCACCAAGCAGUACUACAGACGAGCUCAGGGGAUAUUCUUGGUGUAUGACAUUAGCAGCGAGCGUUCAUACCAGCACAUAAUGAAAUGGGCCAGUGAUGUGGAUGAGUAUGCUCCAGAUGGCGUCCAGAAGAUCCUCAUUGGGAAUAAAGCCGAUGAAGAAGAGAAGAGGCAAGUAGGCAGAGAGCAAGGCCUUCAGCUGGCUAAGGAGUAUGGCAUGGAUUUCUAUGAAACAAGUGCCUGCACCAACCAGAACAUCAAGGAGUCUUUCACUCGUCUGACAGAGCUGGUUCUUCAGGCCCACAAAAAGGAGCUGGACGGGCUCCGCAUGUAUGCAGCUGAUGAACUGAACCUGGUUGAGCUGGAGGAGGAGACAAGCAAGCCAGCGGGCACAGAGCACUCUCCCAAGACCUGCUGGUGCUGAAGGCCUUCCAGUGCUCUCUUUCCCCCUCACGGUGCAGGUAGAAAGGCUGCCACCUAGAGAGGGCUGGCUUGCUGUGCUCCAUCCUUCUGAUCUUCAGUUGCCUGCCUGCCUGCCAUCUGCCCUGCUGGGUCCUCUUUGGAUUUCCUGGUGUCUCUCCUUGAUUGGUGAUUUCUGUUGUCCCCAAACUCCCUGGAUCCAAAGCUCUUCAGAUGGCUCACAAUAUGCAGAGCAUCACCCUGCCAUCUUCACGGAAGAGCUGUGGCUGGCAAUCACAAUGGAGGUCUGUUGCAGCCUCCAGAUGCUCUGUCACCUUGCCCUUUCAUUGGGCAGGGGAGCCAUUUGCCUGGACAGGGCUAAGCCUGUCCCUCUGAGAACAGGGCUCUCAAGGAAGAGCACAGUCCCACUGUUCUCCAGGCAGACCAUUUGCUAACACACCCUCUACAGGUGGCUUGUUAGUUAGUAUCUCCCUGCCCCCAUACUUUGCCUUGCCAUUUCAGUAUCUGCCCUAAUGUCUGUGCAGGUUUGUGCAGGGUUCUGGCCAGCCCUGAUCUAUUAGGGGUGGGUCUUUACAGUUAGGGCUUUAAGGCUGUCUUGGAGGCAGUAACAGUGUCUUGUUCUCCAGUUGCCUGGAGUUUUCUGUCAAAACUCUCAUCUAGAUAUCUUGCCAAAAAUGGACUUAUUCCAAAGUGCACAGUGGCCCCACAUGCCCCUAAUAAAUAUAAGAAUGAUGAGCAACAGGAGUCUAGCCCCAUUGUGAAGGCUGUAUGUUGAAAUUGUGGGCUUUCAGGUAGAGCCAUUUUAUCACAUAUAGGGAAGGCAAGAUUUUGCUUCUUACUAGCCAGACUGGACUCCAUUCUAGAACUCCUUAGAGUCCUAUAUUGGAUGGCCAGCAGGAAAGACCCUUGCCUUUAGGUUCCUAAGCCCUUUUAGGGAGUCUUCCCUUGGUCCCUCUUAAGUAGCUUGGAGGUACAAGGACAUCGGGUGCCCACUUGGGUUAUAGCUCUGUACCAUGGAGGCAGAGAGCCCACCCUAUCAACAUGGUACAUGCUCUUUCCUGGCUUUGGGAGCAAGUCCUGACAUUGAAACAGGCAUCAUAACCUGAACAUGAGACCUUCUCUCAUUUUUUUGCUCUCCAGAUCUGUCCGGAAAGAAGUGGCUCCAGAUCAUUUUAUGGGCUCCCUUUAGAAUUUUCUCUGCAGGUUUUUGCAACUCAGCCCAAGUGGAUCCCAAGCAGGUGGGGAGGGGUGGUGGUGUCUCUUUCUUGUUUUUUGCCAUGUGCUGCUAACAUGGCACAGAGAAAACUAAAACCAGCCUGGCAGCAUGCAUGUUGCACUGGCCAUCCCCCUCUCGCCUGGCUGUUGACUUGCUUGACGAGGGAGGCCUAACAAGCUCAGCAGCAUGCCCUGGUGUUCGAAUCUAUAUGCCUGCCUGCUCCAGGGUAGCUGCUCCCUGUGUGCCAACACCUUGGAGAUGCUAAGACUCCCCUCCUCUCUCUUGUACACGUGCCAGAAAUGGGCCGUGGUGUUACUCACCUUGAAAGGAUGGCUGGCAACCACAGGCCCUUUGAGUGGGAAAUGGUGGCACUACAGAAAUCCUUUGGCAUAGCGAGGCUGCACUUGGCAGGGGGCUUAGAAGUGAGCAGUUUGAUAGAAAUCCCCGCCAUGUGUGGUGAACUACCUUUUUAGCCACAAGCUAAUGCAAGAUGGUAGGCUGAUCUAUAUUCCUUUGCCUUUUUCCUCCUCCUGAAAAGCCUCACUUUCUCCUGAGGCUCUUUAGAGCUGGAUGAAAACUGUUUUCCUCAAGGAAGGAGGGGAAGGGGAAUAGCAUAUCAUCAAAACAGGGGAAUCACCUUCAGUAAAAAUGAUGCCGGUUGUGUUGUGGCACCAGAUCCAGGUGUUUGUUCCUGAGAGCACGGUGCCUUGCAGUUCAGAAAAGUCUCCCUGUCGAUAAGUCUCCUUUUAGGUCUCUGCCAGUCUUACCUCUUUCCUCAUCCUGAGUGGGUUGGAAUUAGUUUCAAGCUACUGAAAUGUAUACAAACAGGGAUGUUCUACACAGAGUGCCUGCUGCUGGCAGGAGGGUUCUUGUGGCCACAAUCGCCUUGCCUUGGGUAUUGCACAACUGAAGUCCCAAUUUCAGGGUCCAUGAAGAAGGCAUAACUCAGUUGACCACAGACAACCACUUUCUGCCAGAAAUAGUGCCUAGCUAGGGACACUUAGACGCUAGCUAGAGACCCAUGUAGCUAUUAACCUGUUAGAGCUUUUUUGCAGUGGGACCCAAGGUCUGUUAUUGUCAGAGAGCAACAUAGGCACAUGGAAGAUACAUAUUUGGGAUAAACUGGGAAACUUUGACUUGAGGAGAGAGGCAGAGGCUGAAGGAAGUAGGGUGGGAGAUAGCAAGAGGAGUUGUUCCCCUGGAUUUUUCAUGCAGCCCAAAUACUGCUGUGUUGAUUCUUGGGAGCCUUGCUAGUUUUCCCUGGCUUCAGUCUGCCUUGUUUUUAGGAAGGGUGAAUCAGGACUGAGGGUCCGUUCAGUUAGAGGUGGAAUAAGUCUGCACCCACAUCAGGGAGGCUUGUCCUAAAGUGCAGGACUGUCAUGCCAGAUGCUUGUGAGCAAUUUGGAUAGCCUGUUUGCCAUGUGCUCAGUGCAUUGUUGGUGGGUGAGUGGGUGGGGGAAACAAUAAGAAAGAAACUAGCAUGUGCAGAGUGGCUAUGUGAAUUGACCACUGAGUCUUUAUAGUCUUAAGUCUCUCAUGCACAGUGGUACAUAAAACCCUGUUGCUUGAGCUGCCCUCAAGAAGUCUGCCUGGUAGAAUCAAGGAGAGGGUUGCCACUCUAUCACAGAAGGGAGAUGAGGCCACUGGAAAUUGCCAGAGCCACCAGGAUUCCAGCCUCUGCAAGCCUAUAUGACAGGUGUAUAAAAGUAUGGGUUCUGGGAGGGCCCAUGGAUAUGUGCCCCAUAACUAUGUCCUGCCUGUUGCAAUCCAGCAUUAUGUUGGUGCCGCUUGCUCCACCUAGUAGGAUCUCUAAACAUAAGCUGUUUCCCUACCAAUAUAAUAGAAGCUGAGCUACUGAUGCCGUUACCAACGCACAAAAUAGAUUCUAAUGCAUCUUCACAGCAGAUGCAACAAGAGAGGGAGCAGAGGAGCUAUUUUUGCCGAUCUGUGGAACAAACUGGAGUAGUUCUUACCUAGACCCAGCAGUGACUGUUUCAGGGCUGUGGGUACUUAGUAGCUGAUGAAGCCUCUAGCUCACCACACUCAGCAAGAUGAACCAUCUUAAUGGUGUCUAGGGAAUUGCAUGCUGGGUUGUAAGGCAACACUUGCAGCAGAGAGUACCUCCCUUAAUCAAUGCCAAUUUUCUCUGUGCAGAUUGAAGUGGUGCUCUCUAGAGGCCACAAAGUGCUCCUUGAUUUCAGGCCAGUGCUUGGGAGAGAAAAUGAGGAGGAUUCUAGGAAUCGAGUACUAGACAGUGUUCUGAGACUCCCUCUGUCCUGUAAGUCCAUGGGUCAUAGCAACUUGUCUGUCUGUAGCAGAAACUGUUGCACAUAACUUGUCAUGAGAUCCAGCCAAACUUACAACUUCUGAAUCCUCUGCUGUGUCUGUAAUUUGUGAUCUUUGCACUCUGACUGGGUUUCCUUGUAUGACCUGUAACUGUAAUUCAUUAUUUUAAACAAAAAUCUUUACAAAAUAAAGAUUCUCAAAGUGG